GUAGUAUUACAAAAAAGCUAUCUUCCUUCGUAAGAAAGAUUGCGGCGAAAUACAUACAAGUAUCAUCUCAAUUUCCUUACUGUUUCCCUCAAAUUUUCGCCCAUUUUAUCAAUACCCUAACCCUAGCUCCCCACUCUUCCUCAGGUUUGAUAGCAUCUCAAUUAAGCGAUGGCUGCUACCCCCUUGACUGAUGAAGCAAUUGCUCUAACUGAGAAGAAAAUGGAUAUGGCAUUAGAUGAUAUCAUUAAAAUGUCCAAAACUAAUUCUACGAAGCCUAAGAAACAAAGAGUUUCUAAUCGGGGUCAGAAAUUUGUUGCCAAUGCUGGUCAAGAUAGAUUUGUAAAAGGCCAGAACUUUUUGGAUACACGAUCAUCCCUUAGACAAGGAGCUCUUGCUCGAAGGAGGUCAAACUUUCAGGGAAAUCAGUUUCUGGCAUCGUCACAGGCUGCUAGAAAGGCUGCUGUUGCUCCUAUUCGCCAUAGGGAUUUUAACCAACGCAGGACAUUCAAUGUGAAUAAACCAAGGGCUGUGGCCACAACUGUGCAAAAGGUUGCUGCAAAUGGAGUUGGCUUCACCGUGAAGAGACCGUUUCAACCAGCCAAUAUCACGCCCAAGCAGAAGCCUCAAACAUUAGACUCUCUUUUCGCAAACAUGAAGGAGCAAAGAAUGCGGAUCUUGUCGCAACAGAGCAACGGAACCAGAAAAUAUGGAUCCGGAGGUGGGCAACCUAGAUUGCCAUGGGCCAGAAACCGCCUGCACAAAUGAUACUACUUGCCACUCUAAUUGCAUAUCGAGCAACCUUUGCACUGCUUUUUCUUGAUGUUUUCGAGAUUUAGAACGAAGCUAAGCUACAUAUCUGAUUGGCAGAACUAUAUGUUGAAUGAUAUUUCCCAUUUGUAGAGUAUUUUUUCGUGCUCGGCUAAAA